CGCACGAUGCUUAUCGACGCUGUCAAAGAAGGCGAUUGCCGGAGCAUCACAGUGGCGCUGAAUGCAGGAGAGGAAGCCGACGGAAAUCCAACAGCUGGAAAGAAGCCGAUUCACUACGCAGUGGAGAGCGGGUCAGAGGAAGCCGUCGCGCUGCUCUGUGACCGCGGCGCCAACCUGGAAGUAGGAAACACCGAGAACCUGGGGAGAAAGCCUCUGCAUAUGGCUGUCCAAAGAGGGAAUUUUGAAGUUGUACAAACCCUGCUUGAAAAAAAUGCCGACCCAAAUGCCAAAGACGAUAUAGGGAAAACACCGCUCAUCAUCGCUGCUGCCGGCAAUGCAGGUCAUAUUGCAAGUUUGUUAUUGGACAAAGGAGCGGACGUCAACAUCAAGGACUCAGACGGCGGCGGACUCUUGCACCUGGCAGCGAGAACCGGAUCCCCUUACAUCCUUGAGAUCCUUAAGGGCAAAGGAUGCGAGAUGGACGGGCGUGACAAGGAAGAGUGCACGCCCCUGCAUCGCGCCGCGGAGUACGGCAACCUCGAAGCUGUCAAGUGGUUCGUCAAUAAUGGUUCCGAUUUCAACGCAGUCGACAAGAGCAACCUGACGCCGCUCCAGAAGGCGCAGAAGGAGGAAUUCGUCGACGUGGUCCACUGGAUGAAGGAAUAUAAGAAAAACGAAGCCAUGAACAAAAUAGUUAAAGCGCUGAGAAGAGGAGACCAGAGGGCGAUCGAAGAGAAAAUCAGCGAAGGGUUUGAUGUCAACACUAUUCUCCAGGAAGAAAACGAGCUAGGUACUUUAGACGGGAGUCCACUACACUUCGCUGCUGAUGAGGGCCACACAUCUAUCGCUGCCUUUCUACUGAACCAUGGACCUAAUGUCGACUGUAAGAAUAGUAAAGGUGAGUUAUAGCCAAUACAUUUUUCCUAGUUU